AUGUCGCAAGAGAAGCAAACAUUUGCGCAGCAAGACAAGCUGCCCAAGCUGCCAAUCCCAGAUUUGGAAGAGUCGUGCAAAAAGUAUCUUAAAAGCUUAGAGCCUCUCCAGACGUUUGAGCAGCAUGCCGCCUCAAAAGCGGCUGUGGCCGAGUUUCUCCAAAACGAGGGUCCGAAACUGCAGGAGGAGUUGAUCGAAUAUGCCAAGACAAAACACAGCUAUAUUGAAGAGUUCUGGGACGAUAGUUAUUUGAUGGGAAAUGACAGUGUAGUCCUGAACUUAAACCCCUUCUUUAUCCUCGAGGACGAGCCUGAUCCUGCGCGCGGAACACAGCUGCGCCGUGCGGCGAAUCUGACGCUAGCAACGCUCGCGUUUAUACACGACCUGCGCCACGAAACGCUGCCGCCGGACAAUUUUCGGGGCGUGCCGCUUGACAUGUUUCAGUAUACGCGUCUUUUUGGCAUGGCGCGAAUUCCAUCGACAAACGGUUGCCGCCUCGAGCUCCACGAAUGGGCGCGGCACAUGGUGGUGGUGCGUCGCGGCCGAUUUUACUGGUUCGACGUGCUCGAUCCCAAUCACUGCGCGCUGUUCACCGAAUCCAGUCUUGUGGCGACGCUGCGUGCAAUUGUCCGUGAUGCCGACGAGUUGGGCACCAAGGUCUCAGACGAGGCCUUGGGCGUGCUGAGCACGGAAAAACGGCGUACAUGGUCCAUCCAUCGGCAGACACUGGAGCGAAACUCACAUAAUCGCGAGUGCCUCAAGACGAUCGAUUCGGCGCUUUUUGUUUUGUGUCUCGAUGACGUCGCGCCACAGAGUGCAUCGGAGCUUGCCAACAACAUGCUGUGUGGUACAUAUGCGCUGCAAGAUGGCGUCCAGACCGGUACCUGCUUGAAUCGCUGGUAUGACAAGCUGCAGAUCAUUGUGUGCGCGAACGGCACGGCGGGUGUGAAUUUCGAGCACUGCUCUGCGGAUGGCCACACGGUGCUUCGAUUCGUCGCGGAUAUCUACACAGAGCUGAUUUUUCAGUUUGCGCGCUCGAUACAUCCCCAGACUGGGAGUCUGUUCCAGGCUAACGCCAGCCCCUAUGCCCGUGGACUUUCGCGCAAGAAGGGCUCUGCGCCGCUGGAUCAGCAUUUGGUGCAAGAAACGCUAUUUUGCACUACGCCGCGCCGCCUAGAAUGGGCGUGGACAGAUGCAGUAAAGUACAGCGUGCGGUAUGCAGAAAUGCGCUUGUCCGACCUGAUAUGCCAGAAUGAGAGCGCAGUGCUCGAGUUUGACGGAUACGGCAAACAUUUUAUCACUAGCCAUGGGUUUUCUCCCGACGCAUUUGUCCAGAUGGCGUUCCAGGCGACGUAUUUCUCCUUGUAUGGUCGGCUGGCUCCGACCUACGAGCCUGCCAUGACCAAGUCGUUCUUACGCGGGCGUACAGAGACAAUUCGAACCGUGCAGCCGGAAGUGCUCACAUUUGUGCAAGCUUGGAGCGACGUCAAAGCGCCGCUCCAAACCAAGCUCAGCGCCUUGCGCAAGGCAUGUGUGCAACACACCAAAUGCUCCAAAGAGUCUGCCUCCGGUCAUGGAUUUGACCGCCACUUUUACGCCCUGUCCUGCUUGUGGCAGCUUUUGCACGGCGCAAAGGAUGCGCCGAAACCCAGCUUGUUUGCCGACGAGGGGUACGACCUUCUCAACCACGUCGUGCUCUCCACCUCGAACUGUGGAAAUCCAGCGCUGCGCAUCUUUGGAUUCGGGCCCGUCGUACAGGAUGGGUUUGGGAUUGGGUACAUUAUUCACGAGAACCGCUUGACAAUCUGUGCCUCGUCCAAGCAUCUGCAGACGCAGCGUUUUCUUGAUACACUGCGGCAGUACUUUUACAGCAUCCAGCGCGGCUUGGUCGAGGCAUUCAAAUCCGCCAACGUCCAGCCGAACCAGACCUAUGUCGACCACGCUGGAAACGAAUGCGACGCUCGCACCGGCCUUCCCAUCAGCACUUUGCGCCGUGGUCCGGACGAGCUGGCCAAUGGAGAGGCAGGUCACACAGGGUAUGCUGCACCACGCCGACGUGGGCAAGAUGGUGUUCGUUAG